AUGGUAUACGAAGUACCUGUUGCCAGGAGAAAGAAAAAGAUAAAAAUCAAAAAAGAGCCGUCUCAGAAAAAGCCAAAACUUCCAAGACAAGAGAAAGAGAAAUUCAAAAAAGAGCCUUCUCCUCUUCCCGAGUUAGUUAAAUUAGAAGAGCCUAGAAAAUGUGAUGAUUGUAAUGUAGAGUUUGAUUAUGACGUAGAUUUUGCUGUUCAUUCGAUCAAACAUAGCAAAGAUAACAAAUAUACAUGUCAUUUGUGUCCGAAUUACCAAAAUAUUCGGAGAGAUAGGAUGGAGCUACAUAUUAGACGUCACGAUAACCCCAAGAAACGUGGAAGACCACCGACAGGAAGACAGCCAAAGAUCAAAAAGAGCAACCUAAACGGAGACAAAUACAAAAAGACUCCUCCUCCAGACCCAGUAAUACUCGACGAACCGAUAAAAUGCAAAAACUGCGAACAGACCUUCUUUACUAACCUCCACUAUGCUCUCCAUUCUAUCGAACACAGCGCAGAAUUAAAAUAUACAUGUCACAUAUGCAAUUUUACCAAUCUACGUAAAGAUCGUUUUGAACUGCACGUAAGGCUUCACGAAGGUAGUACCAAGUAUAAGUGCGAGAUCUGUCAGAAAGCCUUCCGAUGUGGUGCCCACGCCGACGAACACCGGAACUUCCAUACUGGGGAAAAGCCCUUCCAAUGUGAGAUUUGUGGCAAGCACUUUAUGUACUCUAGAGGCUUGGGUAACCAUCGGAUCAAAACUCACUGUCAAAUUUUGACAGGUAAACCACGAGAGAAGUUCAGAUGUGAGUUCUGCGACAAAGAAUUUGAGUCCUCCACAGGUCUAACCAGCCACACCAACAUCAAACAUCGCAAUAUCCAACCAGAUAUUUCCGUUAUCUGUGAAAUCUGCGGCAAAAGAAUAUCGUGCAUGGGUAGGUUGAAGUACCACCUUCGGGUACAUAGCGGGGAUAAACCUUACGCUUGCUUGAUGUGUCCCAAACGGUUUGCUAUGAGGGAUUUACUGAUCGAGCACUCGAGGGUACAUACUGGAGAGAAGCCUUAUGUGUGUAAGUACUGCGGGAAAACUUUUGGUCAACGCUCGCCUUAUAGGUACCACAUCAAGACACAUACUGGUGAGAAACCCUACCUUUGUCCUAUUUGUGGUAAGGGUUUUAUUUCUAAAGCAGGAAUGAAGAGCCAUUUGAAAAAUUGCUUCAAACCAUGA